AUGGUGCAGUAAUCUGUGUCAGGUGCUCUUCAGACUUCAGAGUUCAGAAUUCAGAUUUCAGAUUAAUACACUAUACAUAGAUAUUUGAUUAUAAUAAAGGCACUAGGAAGAAGCGAAAUUAAGAUAUUUUUAAUUUUUUGCAUGUAACAAAAUGUGGACAUCAAGUGCCCUGCUGAGUUACAUCAAACGAAAAAUGUCAUUCUAAUGAGGACAAGGAAUUAUGAAAAUUAUUAUGAAAUUCUGACCUACACUUGCGUAAAAAUGGAUCGUCUUUCAAUAUUGAUCUCAAUUAUUUUAGUAAGCAUAUCUAUUUGUACAUCUGAAAUCGAUCAGUAUUCAAAGGAGCCAUACAGACCUUUGGGUCCUCUGGUGAAAUGCACUUUUCUGCCACUUGAGUUUCUGGACUGCGACGAACCAGUUGAUCAUAAGGGCAACGAAACAGCAAAGAAGAUUGUGAAGCACGGCUGCGUGAAGUUUGGAGGCGUCAAAUAUGAUGAUGUAGAAAAAACCAGAGUACAGUGCAAAGCAUUAGACGGGAUUGAAUGCCACGGACCUAGAAGUUUUCUUAAAGACGGGUUCCCCUGUGUCCGCUACUCCGGCCACUAUUUCACGACAACACUGAUUUAUAGCAUUCUGCUAGGCUUCAUCGGUAUGGACAGGUUUUGUCUGGGGCAGACUGGCACGGCUGUUGGCAAGCUGCUCACACUGGGCGGUCUCGGAAUUUGGUGGAUCGUGGAUGUUGUGUUACUAAUCACAAACAAUUUGCAUCCAGAAGAUGGAAGCAAUUGGAAUCCAUAUGUUUGAAAUGUAACUUUGGUCAGUGAGAAAAGUAAUCAUGUUUUGAGAAAAGUUAUGAAUCAUUAAGUUCAGGGCCCCCGUAAGGGCUACUGGCGCCUGUGUGCCAAAAAAGGAUUUUGGCGCCCCUUUAGGCAAAUUUUUUAGGACCUUGGUUUUGGGGGUUAGAGGAUGGCGCCUGUGUGCAGCGUACACAUUGCACAUAUGGUAGCGGGGGCCCUGAUUAAGUUGUUAUCACUACUGUCAAUUUUCUGAAAGAUAGGUGUAAAUUUUUGGACACUGGAUAAUGGAGUGUGGACUAAACAAAAUAUAAAGUUGUUAAUAAUUAUUAUUAUGUAAAAU